GACAAAAAGCGAGGAUGGAACGGGAGCCUAGAAGGCGUCUACACAACUGGGGCGCGCGCGAUUGGUCGGAACCGGCGGGGGCCGGAAAGCGGCUGUGGAGUGUUGCAGACUGUCACUGCCCUCAGCUUUGGGUUUCGGCUUAGUGCUCAGAACUAAGGAAGUUUUCACGUUUUUACUCUGUUCCACACUCGGGGUGUCGCACCCUGUCGGCCCUUUGGUGCAGGCGGAGCCCGCUUGAAGGGCACGACUGGGAUGGAGAGUCCGAGCCUGGGGAACUGUGGAGCCGCCCCCUUGGUCACUUCCAGUGAGCGCCUAGUCCCUGACCAGCCAUGUGAUCUCCGUGAGGAAGUUGUUGUCCUAGGAUCAGAAAGAGCAGAAGAAGAUGAGAAACAAAUGGUGAUAAAAAACAGCAGCGAGUGUAAUCCCCUGCUACAAGAACCCAUUGCUUCUGCUCAGUUUGGUGAAAUGACAGAAUGCCAUAAGUCUGUCCCAUGCGGAUGGGAAAGAGUUGUGAAGCAAAGAUUAUCUGGAAAAACAGCAGGAAGAUAUGAUGUAUAUUUUAUCAGCCCACAAGGACUGAAGUUCAGAUCCAAAGGUUCACUUGCUAAUUAUCUUCACAAAAAUGAAGAGACUUCUCUUAAGCUAGAAGAUUUUGAUUUUACUGUACUUUCUAAAAGGGGCAUCAAAUCAGGAUGUAAAAACUGCAGCAUGGCAGCUGUGACAUCCCAACUGCAAAACGAAAGCAGCAUUUCAAACCAGAACCUCAGGACAAGAACCAAAUGGAAAAAAGAUGUGUUUCCUCUGCCAAGUGGAGGUUUGGAAUUGCAAGAUAGCAGAGGACUAUCUAACUUGACUUCCAUUCAUUUGCUUCCUAAAGAAGGUGAGAGUGUCAGUGAUGCUGACUCCAGAAAGGUGAAAAAGUCCAAAGGAAAGAGGACUGUUUUGAAAGGAAUUCAAACUAAGAAAACUAAAACGGGGUGCCAAAAGAGUCUUCCAGAUUCUGUUCAAAGUACUAGAAAAAGAGAAUCUGUGUCUAAUAAGGCAGAUGCUGAAAGUGAACCUGUUGCGCAAGACAGUCAGCUUGAUAGAACUUGCUGCAUUUCUGAUGCCAGAGCAAGCAACAAGACCCUCAAUGUGACCAGCGAAGAAAAGAGAUUUACAAAAGAAAAAUCAUUGAGUUCAGGAUCAAAUUUUAGUCUUGAACAAAUAACUUCUGGCCUCAUCAAUGAAUUAGGUUCGACCAAAGAAGCCGAACACAACAAGUGUGAGGAUACCUUUUUAGAAUCUGAGGAAAUAAUCAAAGUAGAAGUUGGGGAAAGGAAGGAACAUUUGCAUACUGACAGUUUAAAAUGUGGCUCUGAAAUGGACAACAACUGCUCUGAAAAAGACCCUACUUCUGUGAACAUGUGUCAAGAAGACACCAUUCCACGAACACAAAUAGAAAAAAGGAAAACAAGCCUAUAUUUUUCCAGCAAAUAUAACAAAGAAGCUCUUAGCCCCCCACGACGCAAAGCCUUUAAGAAGUGGACACCUCCUCGGUCACCUUUUAAUCUUGUGCAAGAAACACUUUUUCAUGAUCCGUGGAAGCUCCUCAUCGCGACUAUAUUUCUCAAUCGGACCUCAGGCAAAAUGGCAAUCCCUGUGCUUUGGCAGUUUCUGGAGAAGUAUCCUUCCGCUGAGGUAGCAAGAACUGCAGACUGGAGAGAUGUGUCAGAACUUCUGAAACCUAUUGGUCUCUACGAACUUCGAGCAAAAACCAUUAUCAAGUUCUCAGAUGAAUAUCUCACAAAGCAGUGGAGAUACCCGAUUGAGCUUCAUGGGAUUGGCAAAUACGGCAAUGACUCCUACCGAAUUUUUUGCGUCAAUGAGUGGAAGCAGGUACACCCUGAAGACCAUAAGUUAAAUAAAUAUCAUGACUGGCUUUGGGAAAACCAUGAAAAAUUAAGUCUGUCUUAAAACUCUUUGAAGUUUCUGAACUCGUGUUUUAAUACUUUGCUUGCACUUUGAUUCUUCAGAUCUCCAUUAAGCCAACCAGCUACUUUUCCAAUUGUAUAGAUUUUAAUCAGCCCAACUAGAAACCUAAUUAUGUUUUUUUAAUGUGUGUGCCACUGGUAGAUCUUUGCUACUAAACAUGCUGUGUAACGUUUUGAGAUUUUUUAAAAAAAAAUAACUUUUGACAAUCCUAAAAAUGCGUAUGAAUUUUCCAAUAUUGAAAUGUGAUUUGAAAGUGAAAAAACUUUCCUAAACUAUCAACAAUACAAAGCAAAUUUCUAUCAGCUUUGUUUGAGGAAAGAUUAAACUUUCUGUUCUCUUUCUGUAAAAAUGAUAUUAUGCAAUUGUUAUAUGAAGAUGCAAUCAAAGAGUUUGCAGCCAAACAUGUAAAAAGAUAUUAUAGUAGGUAUUAGGCAGUUACUUAAAAAAAAAUAUAUAUGUUUUUAAACUAAAAAGAGCUAACCCUCAAAGAAAAAUACCUUUUGUCAUUGUGUAUUGGCUUUUAGGAAUUGAAGAUUUGAGCCCAGUAUUCAUUUGAUAACCUAAUGUGAAUAUCUGCCUGCAGCUCUGUUUCAGAGUAUUGGCUUCUGGCUUAUGCAUGUUACUUUGAUUCCUUUAUGAAAACUCAAGCAUUUACCCAUCUCUCAUCUUCCAGCUGGAGGACAGGACCUUUUAAGUGUUAUGUCGUUUUUAAUGUUAUAGCUCAAAUACCGAAACAUUUGCUGUAGAAAAAACUCACCAAACCAAAAAAAUCCUAAUUAAGUCUCAAUGACCAAGCCCCAUCUUAAGGUGUAAUUUGAAAAUUAAAUGGAUUGAAUAAAUGAAAAAUAAAGAACUUGUUAGGGAAACUA